UAGACCGCAUAAUCGAUACGCUCUCCAGGUCUCCAGGUGUCAAGUUUCUUGACAGGCAGGGCUCAGCGACAUUUCCCCUGAAUCGGGCUUGCAGCUCCCACAUCUCAAAUAACCAGCGGACUCAUCGACCGUAAAACCGGACUCCACUGAACCACGCGAAUGGUCAAACUUCCAGCAUAAUUUCACCUGGUUAUUUGUUUACAAUGAAGUUGAGGACGGCGUUGCCGUUCGUCCUAGGACUUCUUCUUUUCGCCUUACACUCUUCAAAGGCACAAAAUUGUGUUGGGGUUGGUUGUCAAGAUGAGUGUGAUUGCCUGAAAGGACCAAAAGGAGCCAGAGGAAGGCCAGGACCUCAAGGAAAAAUGGGCCCACAGGGUGAUCCUGGACCGGCUGGUAAAGAUGGUUUGCGGGGACCAAAAGGAGUGAAGGGUGAAGCUGGUGUACAAGGACCUACAGGGCCUGCUGGUGACCCUGGCAUGACUGGAGUCCCUGGUUUUCCUGGAAUCAAUGCUAUCCCUGGUAUCCCUGGUAUCCAAGGACCUAAGGGAUUCUAUGGCUUAUGCGGAUGCAACGGAAGCAGGGGUGAAGGUGGUCUUCCUGGUGGAAACGGGCUUCCUGGGAACCCUGGAGAUCCUGGCCGACCUGGACUGAAAGGAGAAGAGGGCGAGCCGUACAGAGGGGAUUUUGAUACAAGAAAUAUACAAAAAGGACAACCGGGAGGACCAGGUCGCCGUGGUCCUGUUGGUCCACCGGGACCACAAGGAAUCCAAGGCAACCCAGGAUACCAGGGUGUACCAGGACCAAGAGGCAUGCAGGGUGAAGAAGGGCCUGCUGGAAACAAAGGACCACAGGGAGACCCUGGUCCUGCUGCAAUGGAAGGAAACAAGGGCGAAUUGGGCGAGCAGGGAGAGCCAGGAGACCCAGGAACCCUUGAAGUGGAGGGAAAGACAGGAGAUGCGGGAGAUCAAGGACCGAAAGGCAAUGUGGGCGCAAAAGGUGAGAAAGGUUUGCAGGGAAAUACACCUGAUCAGCCUGGUCCUCCUGGCCGGCGUGGUUCAGCUGGAAUGAAGGGCGAGCCAGGUCCUGCAGGAGAGAAAGGAAUGCAAGGGGACAGUGGCAAUGAUGGUGUCCGAGGGCCAAAAGGAUUUGGUGGUGUGACUGGCGAGCAGGGUGAUGCUGGUCCGCCUGGACUCGAGGGGAAUAUGGGACCACGUGGUCAGCCCGGACCCGAGGGGUCACCUGGUCUUCCUGGAGAAAGAGGAACGGGUGGAGUUCCUGGCCCCAAAGGCAAACAAGGCGCACCUGGUACAAUCGGCUUUCCUGGAUCUCGUGGGGACACUGGUGAUCUGGGACCUCCAGGUGCUAAGGGUCUUCCAGGGGCUCAACAGUAUGGUCUCCCUGGGCCCCUCGGCGAGGCAGGACCUCCUGGAAGCCAAGGCUCUCCUGGUGCUCCAGGCAUCAUUGGCAUGAACGGAGCAAUGGGCAAGAAAGGCGACACGGGACCACUCGGUCCUAAAGGACAGCCGGGCUCUCCUGGUAUUGAUAUUCCUGGUCCUAAGGGCAUGGACGGACCUCCUGGAGAAAAGGGUCUCCCCGGAGUUCAAGGCGACCCUGGUAUCAAGGGUCCCAAAGCCGAGCCACCCUUCUGUCCCGAAGGGGAAUGCCCACAACCCAAGAAAGGCGAACCAGGGGCUACGGGCAAUGUUGGUGAUCAGGGACCUAUAGGUCCUCCCGGCCGUCCAGGCCCCAAGGGACCAAAAGACACCUGCCCCAGAUGUCCCCCAGGUCCUCCAGGCCCAAAGGGUAAGAGAGGAGAGACAGGUCCCCGUGGUAGGCCGGGAGAGCCUGGGGCCGAUGGUGUGAGAGGACCCGAUGGUUCUACAGGAGAACGUGGUGAAACUGGACUUGACGGAGCCCCUGGUAAAAAGGGUGAGGACGGCACCAAGGGAGAACAAGGAGUGCCUGGAGCUAAAGGUCAACCUGGACUUGACCGCGAGGAGGUCGUUAUGCCGCCUGGGGAGUCAGGUGCAGCUGGUGAUUUAGGCCCUGAUGGUCCCCCUGGCCCCAAAGGUGCCCCAGGUGCCCCUGGCUUCUCGGGCAUUGAGGGCCUUAAAGGCCAAAGUGGACCACUUGGUGACCCUGGCGAUAAUGGAAUUGAUGGUAUCUCUGGAUAUCCUGGGGUUCCUGGUAGGAAAGGAGACCCUGGACAGAAAGGGGACCCACCCAGAUUUGUACCGGUACCUGAUCAUGGGGAAAAGGGACAGUCUGGCGAGCCUGGAUUUCCAGGAGAGAUUGGCGAAGCUGGGACACAGGGAGAGAAAGGCAACCCCCCACCCACACCUAUUAUCAUUAAGUAUAAGGGUCCAAAAGGAACAUCUGGCGCGCAAGGCAAGGAGGGCCCACGUGGUCCAGAUGGCAGGGAUGGCCAACCAGGACCCAAGGGUCUACCAGGCGAUGACGGCCUUAAAGGACCACCUGGAGACGGUCUUCCUGGAAAGCCUGGGCUUAUUGGAGAGCAAGGCGCAAUUGGAUUCAAGGGUCUGCGAGGCAUGACGGGUAACCCAGGCCCUAAUGGUCCGGCUGGCGCUACUGGUCCACCAGGCAUUCCCGGCUUCCCAGGCCAAAAAGGCGAGCCCGGUAUAUCCCGGCCAGGACCUCCUGGGGAGAAUGGUGCAUUUGGAUUGCCUGGACGCAAAGGCGACAGUGGAGACCGCGGUCCUGAUGGAAACCCUGGCCUUCCUGGACAGAAGGGAGAUAAGGGUCUGUUGGGACCUAUCGGACCCCCUGGACGCGGAGGAGUGGGAUCGCAGGGCUUCCAGGGGCAGAAAGGAUUCAAGGGUGACCCUGGGGACGCUAUUCCUGGUAACCCUGGUGACCCAGGUGUCAUGGGGUUCCCAGGAGAACCUCAGAGAGGCGAACCCGGUGACCCUGGUCGUCCAGGUCUUCCUGGCCAGACUGGUGCUGAUGGCCCUCCUGGUAUGAUUGGACCACGUGGUCCCGACGGUAACAACGGGCCCCAGGGAGAAGGAGGACCCAACGGAAUAAAGGGAAAACCCGGAAACAUUCUGUGCGGUCAAGACCCAGCCGAUUACGCCUUCCUCGUGGAUGUCUCGGGAAGUAUUCGUCGCUCGGAGUUGCGUACUGUCCAAUCUUUCCUCAAGAACAUUGUGGAAUACCUAAUCAUCGGCCCUCAGUUCACUCACGUGGGAGUCAUCUCAUACGCUUCAGACGCCAACCUUGAACUCCAGUUCAGCGACACGUAUGAAAAGAUCGAAAUUCAAAACCGAAUCGACCAGAUCCCGCUCACCCGCGGGUUAACCCGUAUCGACCUUGCACUUCAGAAGGCUUCCAACGAGCUGUUUACUGUACGCAAUGGCAUGCGGACCUUCUCAAGAAAGGUUAUGAUUCUUCUUACCGACGGCAACCAGACAGGAAUCGAUAAUGCUCCGGAUGCGAUCCCAUUGUCGGAGGCUAUCAAGCCAAUCAAAAGUUUAGGAGUGAAGGUUGUCGCGAUCGCUAUUGGAAGUGCUGACAGAAACCAACUGCUGGACCUGGUCGAGACAGAGGAAGACAUUCUCCAACCGAGGAAUUUCGGCGAGCUGUUGCAAUAUGUUAAACAGACCGUGUCAUACUCUUGCCGAGGCCCGCCUGGAGAUAAUGGUCCUCGCGGAAAGAAGGGUGAGGCUGGCUCUGAUGGUCGCCCCGGCUUCCCUGGCGAAAGCGGCGCAAAUGGUCUGCCAGGUCCACCUGGAUUGGCCGGGUCCCCAGGGCCGCGUGGUCCUAACGGAGAACCGGGUGACCCGGGUAUGGACGGUGACAAGGGACCGCCAGGCCCUGUUGACGCAGGACCCCGCGGGCCUCCCGGAGAACCAGGUCCCCCAGGACCUUUCGGCGCCGCUGGUCUAGACGGAAUGCCCGGAAAAUCAGGCGCGAAGGGAGAGUCAGGACAACCCGGUAUGCGAGGAGCUGAUGGUCUAUUUGGGCCUCCUGGAUUUGACGGACAGGCAGGGGAAACAGGAGCGAUCGGAUUCAAAGGCGAGCCUGGUACACCUGGCAUUCCUGGAUUCCCUGGUCUGACGGGAUCGUCUGGACGAGACGGCCUGGAUGGUUCACCUGGACGUCCAGGGCCUUCAGGUCGCAUUGGAAUCAGAGGGUUGCCUGGUGCUAAGGGGGAGCCAGGAAUUGGCCUUCCUGGACGUCCUGGAUUCCCUGGUAACCCUGGUGAAUAUGGUGACAAUGGACCAGAUGGAGCCCAGGGUGACAGAGGACCGCCUGGGCCGCCCGGCCGCGCACCUCCUGGACCCAAGGGAGGGAGAGGUCAGAUCGGCGCGAAGGGGCAGAAGGGUGAGCGAGCAGUAUGGGAUCGUGCGACUCCUUUGCCUCCCGGCAAAAAGGGUGAGCCUGGCAUGGAUGGUAUGCCUGGAAUGCCUGGAAAACCUGGUCUGCCUGGCGACUCGGGAAGCAUUGGUGAGACAGGAGCAACUGGUACACCCGGAUCUAAAGGUGUCCCUGGCGAUCGAGGACGUAAUGGUGAAAACGGUCCCAAAGGACGGAGAGGACAAGAGGGCCCAGCAGGAGGACAGGGGGGUCCGGGAGAGGAAGGCGCCCUUGGUCCCCCUGGACCGACAGGCGGGGAGGGGCUCCAUGGACGCGACGGAAGACCUGGGCCGAGUGGAGACCCAGGCCCACCCGGCACAGUUGGACCGAGAGGGAAGAAAGGUUUUCUUGGGGAGACUGGUAUCACUGGCUUGCCUGGCUUUCCUGGAAGGCAAGGUCGCCAAGGUGCUCCCGGCAUAUUUGGUGACAAUGGCCCACGCGGUGGGAGGGGCUUGAGUGGAGAGCCCGGUUUCCCAGGUCGGCCUGGUCGGCGGGGACCAAGCGGGUCUGAUGGUCCUUUGGGCCCCAAAGGCUCCCUUGGAGAGACAGGUGGUCGGGGUGGCCCCGGGCCUCGAGGACCUAAGGGAAGAGCAGGUCGGGACGGUCCUGAUGGUAACCCAGGCCCACGAGGAGAUCUCGGGUCUGGCGGUCAACAGGGAGACCGUGGUGAAGCUUCUAUCAAUGCAGGAACCAAGGGCGAAAAGGGUGAACCUGGCGAAGCCGGCUUUCCUGGCCCUCAGGGUCCACCUGGGGAGAGAGGAGCGACAGGUCCCCCCGGAACAAUUUCUGGCCCACCUGGUAUCAGAGGAGAUCCAGGCAUACCGUCUGUGGUCAGAGGCCCCCCUGGCAAGCCUGGUCUUCCUGGUAACAAGGGUAAGGAAGGUCUUCCUGGGGAUGAUGGUGUUCCUGGACAACCUGGACUUCCAGGACCCCCUGGUGAUGGCAUUACAAAGGUCGGCUUUUACAUCGUGAAACACAGUCAGACGACAACUCCACCGGAAUGUCCGCCCACCUAUGACAAGUUGUGGGAUGGUUACAGUCUUCUCUACGUGCAAGGGCACGACGUGUCCCACGGUCAGGAUCUUGGUCAAGCCGGCUCGUGUCUCAAACGAUUCACCACUAUGCCCUACCUCUAUUGUAAUAUCUUUGGCAAAUGCAACUAUGCUUCCAGAAACGACUACAGCUACUGGCUUUCAACCGAUAACCAGGUCCCGAUGAUGCCCAUUCAAGCGUCCGCGGUGGAGCCUUACAUCUCUAGGUGCACGGUCUGUGAGUCACACGGUCCCGUCAUGGCCGUCCACUCUCAAAGCACGACCUUACCAACGUGCCCAGGAGGCUGGAGUAGCUUGUGGAGCGGCUAUAGUUUCCUUAUGCACACAGGCGCGGGAGGUAGUGGUACCGGCCAAUCACUGGGCUCUUCCGGUUCCUGCUUAGAGAGCUUUAGGCCCAAUCCCUUUAUCGAGUGUCACGGCCGUGGCACUUGUCAUUAUUAUGCUAACAAAUACAGCUUCUGGCUCGCCACCGUCAACACGCCAUUCCAAACACAACAAUCCGAGACGCUCAAAGCUGGCAAUCUACUCAGCAGGGUCAGCCGCUGCCAGGUUUGUAUCCGUCUCUCACGUAAGAAGCGUCGUCAAGCUGCCGAAGCUCUUCCAGUUGCCCGAGCACAGCGCCUUAGCCGUUCAGCUGCUGUCAAUCAAGACCAACAUCUAGCUGCCGCGAAACAAGGACUACGGCAAGGCUCCUAACUCAACUCGGCACCAUCUUCAGUCACAGUAUAACGCGGAAUUUUUCGCUAGAAUUUUAUCCAAUUUUUAUCGUUCCAUCGCAGCUUGCCUUGCGAUUACUUUCAAGACACAGGCGAUGAAUUGAUGAAUUGCUCAAGGCUUUUAUUUUGUAAAAAAAAAAAAAUGCGCCGUCUUACACUUGUGAUAAAAAUGGCCCGAAAAUUCCCUAGCAAUGUGGCGCGCGUUUUCCCGCCCUUCGCUGAUCCUGUGAUGCUUUGGAAAAAAAAAAACCUGUCAGGACUAUUUUGUAAAUGUUUUACUCUUCUGGCUUUCACAAUUUUAAGCGCUCUUUUAAAUUUACGUUCAAGAGCAUUAAUAUUUACGCUGUUCUACACUUUUCCUUUUCAAGCAACAAAUGAUAAUUUAUUGUGAAAAACUUUUUCAAGCGAAAGCACUUCCAGUAGCAGAUAGUAAUUUUUAUUUAGCAGAUACUUAUCUUUAGUUAUCUACAGUAAAGCGUUGAAAAUAAGUUGCAAAAAAGCAGAAAAAUAAAAGACGAAAAAUAUUAUAGGAAAUUGUUACCUAUAUUAGUUUGGUGAAUAAUAUAUACCUAGCAAAUGUAUGUGUCGCACAAGUUUGUCUUUGUUAUUUUUGCUCCUAGAAAUAGACUAUUUAAAUCGUUAAGGUUAUUACCACUUUCAAAUUGUUGAUUUGUUGUUAAUAAAAUCAUAUCAAAUCUUAGCUGUUUUUUUUUUUGUAAAAGUCUAUAUGUAAAGAAUUGUUAUUUUACAGAAUAAAUGUUGUUUAUAAAAUAA